AUGCCUCUUGACCCCGCGGUCUUCCUGACUCCGCAUCCCCGCGUUUCUUUCCCUUCUUCUGGCUUCCUCCAAGUAGCGCUGUUGCUUGAGCUCCCAUCCAAGACAAUCUCAGACGAGGGCAUUAUGGUAUCUGUUAUGGACCAGAAGCGACAUGGUAUCGUCGACUUUGAUCAGCAGGUCAUGGAGCGAGGCCACUCGGAUGCGCUAAAUUCCGACAGCACAACAGAAACUUUUACCUUCGUACCAACGAUACCGAAACUCGAGUCGACAGACCAAAUGUUAGAGGUAUCUGCAACUAUCGUUGAGACUAACAACGAAGCGGAACGCUCUAUGUCGCUUCGUGAAGGCAUACGCCUCUAUCCCAAAGCGAUAAUAUGGUCGGUGCUGUUGUCGAUGACACUCGUCAUGGAAGGGUUCUCUACCAUUCUCGUACCAAAUCUAUUCGCGAUGCAACCGUUUCGAAAACAGUUCGGCAGCUUACAACCGAGCGGACUGUACGAGAUCAGCGCCGAAUGGCAAAGCGCACCCGUGAACGGCGGCUUGGCUGGUCAGAUCGUAGGGCUCUUUGCUACAGGAACACUGGCAGAGCGCAUUGGGUGCCGUUACACACUCAUGGUAGGAUUGGUGGCGAUGAGCCUGUUCAUACUUGUGCCUUUCUUCGCUACAGAUAAGGCAGUCCUGUUGAUAGGUCAGUGUCUACUAGGUAUGCCCUGGGGCAUGUUCCAAUGCAUAUGUACAGUAUAUGCUGCGGAUAUCUGCCCAGUUGCCUUGAGGGCCUACCUGACAACCUACGUCAACGCAUGCUGGGUACUCGGCCAACUAAUAGCGUCCAUCGUUAUGCGCGGCAUGAUUGACAAUACCACGGCCUGGUCCUACCGCAUUCCCUUCGCACUACAAUGGAUCUUUCUAAUCCCGAUUUCCUUCGCCGUCUGGUUUGCGCCCGAAUCGCCUUGGUGGCUCAUCCGACAGAAUCGCUUCGAAGAUGCGAGAGCAACCCUACGUCGGCUUCGCACAAAACCAGCGACGAUUUCGGACGACGAAUUCGCUACGACACUGAGGGCCGCAAUGGAGACCAUGAUGCAGACAAACGAGAGAGAAAAAAAGAUGCAGAGUGGUACAAGCUACAAAGACUGCUUCAAUGGAGUGGAUAAACGUCGAACAGAGAUUACAUGCAUGGCCUGGAUUAUCCAGACGUUAUGUGGUAGCACCUUUAUGGGCUUCUCCACGUACUUCUACGAACAAGCUGGUCUGGGCUCAUCCCACGCAUUCACUCUCUCACUAGGCCAAUUCGCCCUGGGUCUUGUUGGCGUUUUCAUCUCCUGGGCCCUGAUGGCACACUUCGGGCGGCGUACACUAUACCUCUCCGGCCAAGUCAUGACAUGCAUCUUUGUGCUACUCAUCGGCAUACUAGCUUGCAUACCCCAACACCACAACUUCGUCGUCGUCCGGUCAGCCGCAGUGGGAACCUCCUCCAAAGAGGUGAACGCGCAUCCUACAGCACUGAACUGGUUCAUCGCAGCGCUAUUACUCGCUUUUACACUAGCCUACAACGCGACACUAGGCCCUAUCUGUUACUCUCUUGUCUCAGAAAUUCCGUCAACGCGCCUCAGGAGCAAAACUAUCGUUAUAGCGCGCAACUGCUAUAACAUCUCUGGUAUCAUCACCAAUGUUAUCACGCCACGCAUGUUGAACCCGACAGCAUGGGGAUGGGGUGCCAAAGCAGGCUUCUUCUGGGCCGGUACCAGCGUGCUUGGUAUCUUGUGGAGUUGGUGGCGGCUUCCCGAACCGAAGGGUAGGACAUUCGGAGAGCUCGAUGAGUUGUUUGAAAGGAAAGUACCCGCACGCAAGUUCAGAACUACGGAUUUUACGAUUGGCGGGGUACAUGCUGCAGAAGGGAAGAAGAUCAGGAUGUAG